UUCAGUCUUGUCCACCUGACCAUGGGUUUAAUCAACUACGUCCAAUCAGAAAGCAAAGGGGCGGAGCCAACUAUCGACCAGCUGUCCAUCAGUGUAAGUGAUGGGUUGCACCGCUCCGCCCCCGUCCCCUUUUACAUCAUCAUCAGUCCAACCAAUGAUGAAAUGCCUUCCCUUCUGCUCGCCAACUUCACGGUGAACGAGGGCGGGAUGAGGGAGCUGACUCCGUCUAUUCUGAACGGUUUUGAUCUGGACUCCCCCCUGGACACCCUGACCUUCACGGUGGUGCAGCCGCCGGCUCACGGGAGUCUGAUCAACGGCAUCUACAGCUCGGAGAAGAGCCGCUACACGGACACAGAAGCGGAGCUGCUGCAGAGGAGCCUCCCCAUCACCUCCUUCACCCUGCAGGAGCUCCAACAAGGUGGGAAG